GUUUUGUUUUCGCCGCGGGGAAAAAAAAUCGGUAGAGACUAGAGAGAGUCGUCGUCAUGGACGCAGCAUAUUGCUAUCUCGAAGGAAACGCCGACGCCGUAGAAUUUUGUCCUCACGAGCCUUACGAAAACUUGCUUGCAGCUUCUACUUACACACUCCAAGAAGGAGACCGUCCCUCUCGAUCUGGGUCUGUGUAUCUAUUUGACGUCGGAGAUGAGGAAGAUGUUGGCUUGAAUCUUCUUCGGAAGAUUGACACCGCCGGAGUUUUCGAUAUCCGGUGGAGCCGCAGCGGUGAUGGAAGCAGAAACGUGGCGCUUGCUCAGGCUGAUGCUGGUGGAUGCUUGAGAGUUUACGAGAUCCAUAAGACUGAAGUUGAAGGUUACUAUCUGAGAGAAGUCUCUGGUGAAAAGAUAAGCUCAUCAAUGUGUCUUUGUUUGGAUUGGAAUCCGUCAUCAACAUCAAUCGUAGUUGGUUUAUCAGAUGGCUCUGCUUCAGUUGUUUCGUUCACUGAUUCUAAUCUAGAAACAGUCCAAGAAUGGAAAGGGCAUGACUUUGAGGUUUGGACGGCCUCAUUCGAUCUCAACAAUCCUAAUUUGGUCUAUACUGGAUCAGAUGAUUGCAAGUUCAGUUGUUGGGAUAUCAGAGAAAAUCCGGCGGACAGUAGUGUUUUUGAGAAUUCCAAAGUUCAUACAAUGGGUGUUUGCUGCAUUUCCCCAAAUCCAAGUGAUCCUUACUCUAUAUUCACUGGAAGUUAUGAUGAAACACUUAGAGUCUGGGACACGAGGUCAGUUUCGAGACCUGUGAACGUAACAUCAUUGUCUCUAGGUGGAGGAGUGUGGAGAAUCAAGCAUCAUCCUUCUCUGAGUGGUGUUGUGUUGGCGGCUUGUAUGCACAACGGUUUCGCUGUAGUGAAGGUUAGUGAUGAGAAAGGUGAAGUGUUGGAGAGUUAUAACAAGCAUCAUUCUCUUGCUUAUGGAGCAGAUUGGUACAGAGGGAAACUUCAGAAGCAAAGCGUUGUGGCAACUUGUUCGUUCUAUGAUCGGCUUCUUCGAUUAUGGAUGCCAAAAACUAGAUUUGAGCUCUGAAGUUGAGAUAUCACAUUGAUUGUUGUUUCCUAGAUUGUCGAAUUUCCAAUUGCUAUGUUUUCAAUGAGAGCUUCAUGAUUGGAUUUGGUAUAAUCAGAACAUAGUCCUUAAUUUA